AUGGGCGAGGAGGCGGUGGACGACUACGAGCUCCACAUGGUGUGCUACGGCGGCGACGACGACGGGCGCGUGAUGGAGUGGGAGUCGGGGCUCCCGGGCGCCGACGAGCUGACCCCUCUGUCGCAGCCGCUGGUGCCCCCGGGUCUGGCGGCGGUGUUCCGCAUCCCGCCGGAGCCCGGGCGGACGCUGCUGGACGUGCACCGCGCGUCGGCGGCCACGGUGUCGCGGCUGCGGCGCGCGCCGUCGUCGUCGUCGUCGGGCAGCGGAGGGAGCGGCUCCUCCUUCGCGCCCUUCCAUCCCCAGGCGGGGGCAGCGGGACACGCAAGGGGGGACGAGGGGGCGGACUCGUCAGCAGCCAUCGGCGGCGCGGCGACCAACAACGCCAACAGCAGCAAGCGUCCCCGGCUGGUUUGGACGCCGCAGCUGCACAAGCGGUUCGUGGACGUGGUGGCGCACCUGGGGAUCAAGAACGCGGUGCCCAAGACCAUCAUGCAGCUGAUGAACGUGGAAGGGCUGACGCGCGAGAACGUGGCCAGCCACCUGCAGAAGUACCGGCUGUACGUGAAGCGGAUGCAGGGCCUCUCCAACGAAGGGCAGUCCCCGUCCGACCACAUCUUCGCCUCCACGCCGGUGCCGCACAGCCUGGUGCACGAGCCGCAGCCGCAGCAGGUGCCCGUCCCAACCAGCAUGUACGCUAUGCAUGGCGUCGCCGCUGUCGGCAUGGUGCCCAUGGCCAGCGGCGGACAGGCGUACCACCACUACCACCACCACAACGGAAGAGGGUACCCGCACCCGCAGGCGGCGUACCACCACGCCGACAAAUAA